ACGUCAGUUCAAAUUUCUCUCUGGUGGCGUCUAUACUAUAGAUAACCCCUGUGAAGCCGACGAGCUACGAUAUCCACCAUUUACGCCCAAGAAGACACGAUUAAGAUGGACUCGCCGCACUCGGCCAACGAAGUCUGGGGCGAUAUGCCCCCUGUCGUGAACAAGAAGAAGCGUCGCCUGCAGAAGAAGGCCCCCGGCGCUCCCAAGCGGGGCAAGUCGCCGUACAUCCUCUUCUCGAUGGACAAACGCGAGGAGAUCAAGGCGACAAUGCCACCGAACUCCAAGGUCACGGACGUCAUGCGCGCCAUUGCUGACGCGUGGAGCAAGAUGUCGGAGGAAGAGAAGGCGCCAUGGAAGCUCUCGGCCGAGUCGGACAAGCAGCGGUACGAGGAAGAGAUGGCAACGUACGACGGUCCCCUCCGUGUGCCCAACAAGCGCGCCAAGAAGCACCCGAACGCUCCCAAGCGUGCAUCGUCGGCCUUUCUCUUCUACUCGCAAGUGAUGCGCCCUCGCAUCAAGGCUGAGCACGCCGACAUGAAGAACACGGAGAUCUCCAAGCAGCUUGGCGAAGCGUGGGCAAAGGCCACAAAGGCCCAGAAGGCGCCCUUCGUCGAGAAGGAAAAGGAAGACCGUGCUCGCUACAAGCGUGAGAUGGAAGAAUGGAACAGCAAUAAGACGGAACGGGAGUACCAGGAAGCCCAAGCGCAGCAGUACAACCCGUCGCAGUACGGCUUCGAUCACUUGGGCCACUUCCCGGCUGAAGAGUACCAUGGCACGGACGUGUAAGCGUGCCCCGGUUGCGCACCCUCUUUUUGCACAGUGUAGUUUGUCAUACAUCAUCCUCUCCCGAGUAACUCUAUAAAAUGCUGCAUGUUCACCCUGCC